UAACUAUUUUUUAUUAUAAAUAACAAUAGAAACUUGUUUAUGAAACUGGCACAAAAAUAAUAUGUAAAAUCUCAGUCCUAAACACAAACUACAUAGGGAUACUGGUCCUAAAGGAGAGAAAUAUGUCAUGGUCGUGCUUGAACGUUCUAAGGUGCAGGCAUGUUUCAUUAGAAAAAUGUCCAUAGUGCAAGAAAAACAAUGGCCAAAAAACUACACAUUAUAAGGAGACGAGUAGUAUGACAACGUCGGGUCUGCUAGAAUGGGAGCUGUCACUGCCGUCGGAUCAGAUCAUAUCCCAUGGAUGGUACCAUGGGGCACUAAGCCGGACUUCCGCCGAGAACCUGUUACAGCAAGACAGAGAGUUUCUCGUCCGGGAAUCCUCCUCGCAGCCGGACAAUUUUGUGUUGAGCUGUCGGUCGAACGGACAGCACCUGCAUUUUGUUAUACAGAGGAUUGUUGUCCACCCUGAAACGGUUUUUGAACGAUACCAAUACCAGUUUGAAGAUGAAGCGUACGACACAGUUGCUGAUCUCAUUACAUCUUAUGUUGGCUCUGGGAAGCCUAUUUCAGCAGCUUCGGGCGCCAGAAUACAAUAUCCAGCGAAUAGAAUGGUUCCUUUGAGUAAUUUUGUUUCUGGAGACGCAAGUAUAACGAUAUCACCAAACGGUGAAGGAAACUAUGGCAACCCGUACAGCCUCUACAGCCAUUUCGCCGCGAAACCUGGCUUGCAGCUACGCGUACCUUUCAAAAAGCAGCGAUCACAUUCCCUAACACCCAUAGACAUGGCGCAACAUAUCAACCACGGAAAAAGUGCGAGCGCAGACGGCGUAAUACAAAGCCAAUCGAACAAGCAGACCAAAUCCUUUUCUGGCGAAUCAGGAUCCAAUUCGAACACCUGGGAUGCGAAUCUACCCACCAGUCCGCCUGCAAAGCCUGCUAGAUACGACGGACCCAAGACAGAUGAUAGACGCCUAGAGUUACAGAGGCUGUACCAUGUUUCUGGGUCGGAUUCUGGUAACGGUUCUGGUGAUUCCACCCAGAGUUCCGCACACAGCGAUCCAAACAAGUCAAGGAUCGAUUCUGACUACAGUAUGGCAAGUACGCCUACAAUGCGACAGCAAUUUGACUACGAGUUGACAGAAGCGAAGCUGCUGCAAUUGGAGAACUUGGAUUACACGGUCGAGUCGAGGAUUAACUUAGAAAAUUUCCACUCGCAAAUCAUUUUGCCUUCCCUUAACAAGCCUUUAGAAUCGGAGACGCUGCAUAAUAUUAAGCUGUUGUUGAGAACUUCGGGACCGCGUAUUUUAGCUAAUCACAUGACUAAAGUGGAUCUUCACUUCUUACUAGAUGACUCUAUACAAAUUGACGGUUUGGACAAAACUGCUUCAGGUUUGGAGUUGCUGUUUUUGCCUCAAGGACGAUUGUUACGACUGGAUGUGAUAGAGAGAAUAGAAACGUUCCGACUUCUCAUAGCGGUGACGAUACUGACAUGUCAGACAGACAGACAGCGAGCUGACAUGAUAAACGACUGGAUACUAUUAGCUGUGGAAACUAAGACGGCUUUGGGAAAUCUGUAUGGUUUCUCUGCUAUAAUGUUCGGGCUAUGUAUGCCACAGGUGGAAUGCUUAGAGAAUGCGUGGAACAUUCUUCGUCGGGUUUACACAGAUAACGCGUUUAUGUUCGAAGCGAAGCUUCGGCCAUGUUUUAAGAGUAUGAACGAAGGCACCAAUCCUCUGCCACCAAAUACGACUACGCCGUACGUCUUCCCGCCUGUGCUGUGCUUUCAUUUGUUUGAUGGAGACGGAGGUGGCCUCCUACCACCGGACGACACCUUUCCCACUAGUCUCAUGAACACUCUUGAUUUCGAUUUCUACGCCACCGCCGCUCAUUUAGACGCCGCCAGACACUUCCCCGACCAAGUCGACAUGUUCAAACGCAACUCUAGAACAGUGGUCCAGGAGAUGUCAUCCCUAGGACCCACCCUAGACCCUAUCUUACUCGAACUCUUCAAAACCGAGUUCCACAUCAACUUUUUGUGGGGCGAAAGAGGACAGCUGACGACGCCGAACCAAAGAUUCGCAAGACUGACUGACAUUUUGACAGCAAUGGCCGCCAAACUGUCAAACCAACCCCCCGAUGAUGACGUAGUGUAAAUGUAGGUGUUUAUCGUCUAGACUAGGCUUUAUAUUUACCCCGCGUUCCACUUGACGUUAAAAACGAGCAAGCUUUGUCAUUUGCGGUCUGCGGAAAAUGGAUGAAAAAUUUUAGGCGAUUUUUGUCCACCAGUCAGCAACAUUUUCUCUCGUUUGUUCCUGUAUUUUCGAAGAAGAAAUGGGGGAAAAUAAUUGACUAGACAAGAUUUCAAGGAACAUGCUGUCUUUGUUAAAUUGUUGAGGAAAGACAGUAACAGCAUGUAGUUUAGAGAUCUUAAAUAUUUUGUAUGGAGCGAUCUCUGAAAUUAAAUGAAAUUAGUAACGUCUAUUACGUGUAAGGUGUUAUACGAAUAGUAGAAACAUUUUUUAAAAACCUCCUUUUUGGAAGUCGGUUAAAAAGAGACCGCUGUAUAUGUACAAAUAUGUAACCAAAACUAGGUGUAUUAUUUAUUUAUGUUAACUUAAUAUACUUAAUGAAAAAAUUACUUUAAGAAUAGUGGGACCGCUUUCUCAACAUAAUUUAAGGUCUUAGAGCAUAGCGCUUGUGUGCGACAAAAAUGUCACUGCAUCUUACAUUUUGAUAUUCUGAGGUCUAUUCCUACUUAUUCCUGUACCAUUAAUGUUUGUCAAUAUACUUAGUAUACUAUAUAAUAUUGACAAACAUUAAUGGUACAGGAAAACGAUCAAGUUUUAUAAAGUAACAUACAAACCCCCUUACGAGUUACGAAUAAAAGAAGUAACACAGUUGAUAAAUAAUACAUUAAUGUUUUGUCUUUGUCGUUCGAGCGACUUUUCAACGUAUAAGACAAGGAUUUGACAUUGUAUAAUGUAGCCAUUCUAUAAAAUUUCCUUUUUAGUAAGGGGCUGUUUUGCGUGCCCUGGUACUUAUAUAGUCGCAAAUCUUAAGUGACGGAGACAUUUUUAAACCCAUGUGCGCUAUGUCUACUUAAAACUGUAAUAAUUGUAACCAAUACUCAAGCCAAAACUUCGUAAAACUUCCAGACAAUCUUACAUUCAUAGCUUUAGUUUUAAAAGUAACUGCCAUUUGUAUACUAAGAAUUGAACAUAUUGGACAUUU